AUGCUAGCGAAUUUUCUGCGAGAGUACAACAUAAAUCGAGUAUUUUUAUCGAUCUCAGGUCUCUGGCUGUUUCAAAGUAAGAAUGUAAGAAAUUCAUUACGGACUGUCUGCUUGCUAAUGGAAAUAAGUUACUAUCCGUUUGAGAUACUACUGCUGUAUGAUCAUUGGAAUGAUCCACAAAUGGUUUUCGAUGCCUGUUAUCAACUUAUUUUCACGACUGCUUUUAUCGCAAGGGCAUUGCAUAAUAUUUGGAAUCAGGACAGAUUGCAACAGUUAUGUAUAGCCAUUGAUAAACACUGGGACAUAUUUACAAGUGAUGUGGAAGUUCGAAUCAUGAAAGAUUACGCUAUGCUGUCACGAAGGUUCACAAUAGUUUUCUCGAAAACAUUAUUCUUUCGAAAUGUUGCAGUGCUAUUGUUUUUCAUAGUGUUAAUAUUUAUGACAAUACCAUUAAUACCAGUAUUGUUAGACACAGUGCUACCUCUUAAUGAAUCACGUCCGCGAGUCUUUGCGAUCGAAGUCGAAUUCAGAGUGAAUAAAGAUGAUUACUUUUUACUAAUAUUUUGUUACACUACCAUUGUAGUUCUAAUAGGUGUGAACAUUUUGAUUGGUGUUGAUUCAAUGCACAUCACGUGCACCGCUCAUGCAUGUAGUUUAUUUGCCGCUGUCAGUAAACAAAUUGAGAAUAUAAUUUCCAAAGCCUAUAAUAACAAUAAGAUUAACAAAUGUGGAUAUCGUGCGAAUAUGGAGCUUAAUCCAUUUAAUGAGGAAAUAAUAUACCGGGAAUAUAUAAUAUGUUUAAAGAAACAUCAGUUUGCUUUAGAAUUCGUUAAUAUAUUGGAAUCAUCAUUUCAAGGACUUUCAUUACUUUUAUUACUAUUACUUCUCGGAAAUAUAAGUCUAAUCGGAGUUCGAAUUUUUUAUAUGUUAAAUCAAACGCCGCAACUGAUAAAAUUCAUAUUUUUAUUUAUCGCAUUGUUAACUGACUUGAUGAUCAUAUGUUACUCUGGUGAAAAAUUAAUGGAUGAAAGUCAGGAUAUAUUUUAUCGAGCAUAUGCUGUAGAAUGGUACAAAUUUUCGCCUCGAUUAAAAUCUUUACUAAUGAUGACUCUUUACAGAAGUAAUAUUCCAUGUGGAUUAAAGGCAGGUAGUGUGAUUCCGUUAUCCAUCGCGACCUAUGCUGCGGUAAGUAAAAUGCACAAAGAUAUAUGAGGCCGCCUUUUUAUCGACAAUACGCUUUGUAACAUUACACCUUUGUAUAUCGGAGAGCAAGUAUUAGUGAUGCUAGCGAAUUUUCUGCGAGAGUACAACAUAAAUCGAGUAUUUUUAUCGAUCUCAGGUCUCUGGCUGUUUCAAAGUAAGAAUGUAAGAAAUUCAUUACGGACUGUCUGCUUGCUAAUGGAAAUAAGUUACUAUCCGUUUGAGAUACUACUGCUGUAUGAUCAUUGGAAUGAUCCACAAAUGGUUUUCGAUGCCUGUUAUCAACUUAUUUUCACGACUGCUUUUAUCGCAAGGGCAUUGCAUAAUAUUUGGAAUCAGGACAGAUUGCAACAGUUAUGUAUAGCCAUUGAUAAACACUGGGACAUAUUUACAAGUGAUGUGGAAGUUCGAAUCAUGAAAGAUUACGCUAUGCUGUCACGAAGGUUCACAAUAGUUUUCUCGAUGUUAUUGUUUUUUAUACUGUCAUUAUUUGUGACAAUACCAUUAAUACCAGUAUUGUUAGACACAGUGCUACCUCUUAAUGAAUCACGUCCGCGAGUCUUUGCGAUCGAAGUCGAAUUCAGAGUGAAUAAAGAUGAUUACUUUUUAAUAAUGUUUUGUUACACUACCAUUGUAGUUCUAAUAGGUGUGAACAUUGCAAUUGGUGUUGAUACAAUGCAUAUGGCCUGCACCGCUCAUGCAUGCAGUUUAUUUGCCGCUGUCAGUAAACAAAUUGAGAAUAUAAUUUCCAAAGUUCAUAAUAACAAUAAGAUUAACAAAUGUGGAUAUCGUGUAAAUAUGGAACUUAAUCCAUUUAAUGAGGAAAUAAUAUACCGGGAAUAUAUAAUAUGUUUAAAGAAACAUCAGUUUGCUUUAGAAUUUGUUAAUAUAUUGGAAUCAUCAUUUCAAGGACUUUCAUUACUUUUAUUACUAUUAAUUCUUGGAAAUAUAAGUCUAAUCGGACUCCGUGUAAGUAUUAUAGAAAUUAUUUCUCUAAAAUAUCCCGAAGAUAUAUUAUAUGCUGCUGAAUGGUAUAAAUUUUCACCUCGAUUAAAAUAUUUGCUGAUGAUGACUCUUUACAGAAGUAAUAUUCCAUGUGGAUUGAAGGCAGGUAAUAUGAUUCCGUUAUCCAUCGCGACCUAUGCUGCGGUAAGUAAAAUGCACAAAGAUAGUACGAAUUGCCAUGUCUUACUUUGCAGCGUUUAG